CCUUGGCAUCAACUCAAAUGGUAUUUUAAUAUAAAAAUCAUCACGUGGUUGAUAGAUUUUUAAAUUUUGUAAAUUUACAAUUAUUAAAUAAAGAAAAAAAAUAAACUACAAAAAUAAUAACCAGUAAGUUUCAAUAAUUUCUAAUUAAAUAAUAAAAGAAUUUGUUUCGAUAAAUAAUUGUCAACUCAUGUAAUGAAUGAAUUUUUUUAAGACACCUGAGAUUAUCAAAUCUAAUCAAUUUUUUUUUUUUUUUUUUAACAAAUAAUUUUCAAGUACUUGCAAAAGACAUCGUAUAUAUUUCAUAGGAAUAUUCCACAUCUAUUUAUUUAUAAAUAUUUUUUUAAGAUAAAAAAAAAAUGAUCCAUAAAUUUUAUUUAUUUCUUUAUUUAAGAGCUCGAGUCAUAAGCAAUAUAUAUUAUCUAUUUUCAAAUUGAUAAUUUCAGUAGCCGCGCAAGAUACACCGAGAUUUAAUUUAGUUUCAAAAUAAAAGAGGAAAAAUUUGUUUAAAUGAAAAAUUAAAUAAAUAAAUAAUAAGUAAAUUUAUGGAGCAUUCAUAGUGUGCUAUUUUUUUUUUUUAAAUAAAAAAACGGGAUGUUAAUUGAGAGCAGGAUAUUGUUAAAUUGUCAUUAUAUUGUCGACAAUUUAUUUAGUCAGUUUUGUUGAUUAAACGAUUACGUUUAUUGUGUUUAUAAUGGUACAUAAAUGCCACGUGUAUGAGCGAUAUGAUUAAAUUCACUAAUAAACUCGAAUAUGUAAUGGAUUAUUAAAGAAGGUAGUUAAACAACAUUUUACAAAGGCCUCACCUACUUGUUAUUUUUUUUUUUUCUAAUUAUAUUUUCUUUAACUUUUCGAUUCUGAGAAGCAUCUAUUUACAAAUUUAAUCAGUUGAAUUUAAAUAAAAUAUAAAAAAUAAUAUAAAAAUAAAUACUUCAAGUUGAUAAUAAUUUAUUUAAUAAAUUUUAUAAAUAUUUAAAAAAAGAAGCAUGGCAGAUUUUAAUCGGUAUAAUAAUUUAAACAGCCAAAAAAAAAUUUUUUUUUAAACUUCUCAGAUCUGUCAUUUUAUUUCAUUUUUUUUUUUUUAAAUUCUUUUUUAUAUAAAAUGUUUUUUUAUUUAUAAAGAAAUACCUAGAUUUUUAUUAUUACAAUUUUUAUAAAUUAAUUUAAAAAAUAUUUUCUUAUCUAAAUAAAAAAAAAAAUAUAAUAUAAAUAUAAAUUUUUCAAGGUGAUAAAAUAUUAUCUAAUAUUUAUUUAAAUAUUAAAAAACAACAUGGCUGAUUUUAAUAGGUAUAUAAUAGUUUAGUGGUCAAAAAAAAUAUUGUCUAUUUUUUUUUUUUCAAACUUCUGAAAUAUUCUGUCAAUUUUAUUUUGUUUUUUCAUUUUUGAAUAUUUAAAAAACCGGUUUCAAAUCUAUGCAGACACUUUCAGACCCUUUAUUUAAAUGAGUUAUAAUUUUGAUUUAUCAUUAAAUCGGAAUUCACAAAUGCAACUAAAAAAAAAAAGCAACUAUUAUCUUUUUUUUUUACAUGAUUAUUGUUGAAGAAUAAAUCAAGUCUAUAUGUAAUCAACCAGGUCAUUAGCCGUCUUAUAAGUUAUAUUGAAUUUUUUUUAAUUGAAUUGACCUUCAGUCCGAGCUCAGAUACUCGAAAAAUAACAUACAAUAGAAUAACAAUCAUGAUGCCAGUUAAAUUUUAUCAAGCUGACAACUGAUAAACCGAAUAAAUAAUUAUACGUCAAAUCAAACAUCUGUAACUUCAUUCUUCCCUUCAAUUGAAUUAAAAUUACAAUCAUUUAAUUAAUAUUUAAUUAAUUAAAUAAAUAAACAAGUACAUAAAAAAAAACAAAAACAACUUGUUGAAGAAGACAACGACUACAUCAUCAUUUCUAUACGAAAUUAUAAUGUUCAAGUAAAAGUUUCUCCUUUCACUUUGAUAUCACAUAUUUGUUGACAUAUAUAUAUUUUUUUUUUACUCAUUUUAUCUUAUUUUUAAUAAAACACAGUGUCGACUAUUACAAGUGGUAUCUAAAAAUAUAUUUGACUCUAUCACGUGUUCACACAUUUGAUGUUUGUGAGAAUAUCAUAAAUGUGUAUGUUCUCCACUGUGCUCCAACUCAAUAUGCCGGAUCGCCGGUUGAAUCUAAAAAUAUUAUUCAUUAUUUUAUUACAUUUAUCAUGAUUAUUAUUAUUAAAAUCAAUUUCAAUAAUUUUAUAAUACAUUAAACUUUUUUUUUCAAUUUAGAAAACAAAACGAGAAGUUAAAGUUAAAGUUAAAAAAGAAAAAAAACAGUUGAUAUAAAUUUGUAAUUAAAUAAAAAAUAAUAUUAUCAAAAACAAGAAAUAUAUAUGUAAAAAAAAAAAAUUAUAAACCACUGAAAUUUCAUCUGUAUUCAUGAGCUAACCAAGAAGAUAGAAAUACAAACAUAAAAAAAGAAAAAAACGAAAAGAAGAAGCAGAUAUAAAAUAAAAAAAUUUUUAUAAAGCUUAUAAAAUUAAACGAGUCAAAAAAUCAAAAUGACUGUCAAAGAAUGGGUGAGACAAUUACAACCAGUACAACUUUAUAUUGUACUAUUUUUUACUGUUGCAUUUUUGGCUAUCGAAAUAACUGUAAGUGGUACAACUCAUUCAAAUACACUUUUACUAAAUGCAUAUCACAUGAUAUGUAAUGUCAUUGCACUUGGUGGUUGUAUUUUAUCAAUUAAGUAUGGAAAUCAGGAACAAUUACAAAGUCGUAAAGAGUUUAUGGAUGAAUUAGAAGAUUUUUCAGUUGAAGAUUCAGUUGAAGUUACAAAUAAAAGUGACAAAGUUUCAUCAGUAUCAUCAACAUCAAAUUCAAAAACAAAUUCAUCGAGGAGAAUGAAAAAUACAUUUGGAUGGGCAAGAAUUAAUAUAUUGACAAUGGUGGUGUCAUGUAUUUUUUUGGCAUCAUUUUGCUUUACAACAUUUGUUGAAGCAGUUCAAACACUUUUUCACAUAAGUCAUCUUGAUGCAAUGCAUCAACCACUUCUUGUUAUGGCACUUGGAAUUUGUGGAAUUGUUUUAAAUGUAUUUUGUUAUAUUAUCAUUGGUGGUUUUACAUUUACUCAAGGAUUUUUUAUACAUGUUAAUAAAGAUGGAAAAGUUGUUCUUGACAAAAAUUCAACAAGCUCAAGAAAAGAUGAUGGUAUUGUACAAUUAACUGAUUCAACAAAAACAAGUCCAAUGACUGUACCAAGACAAAAAUUUAAAGAAAUGUGUCGUGAUGUUAUUGGCUGUAUUUUUGUUGUUAUAGCAUCAAUUAUUGUUUAUCUAACAGAACCUCAUAUUGCUAAAUUUGUUGAUCCAAUUAUUGCUAUUAUUUCUUCAAUAAUACUAUUUGCCAUGAGCUGUCCAUACUUGACACAGUCUUGUAUGAUUUUACUACAAAUAAUUCCACAUCAUAUUAAAAUAGAUUUAAUUAAAGAAGAAUUAAUAAAUUCAUUUUCUGGAAUUGUUAAUGUUCAUGAAUUUCACAUUUGGCAAUUGGCUGGUAACAGAAUCAUCACCACUGUUCACAUAAUAUUUUUAGAUGAAAUGGCAUAUAGAAAUACAAUCCAGCAUAUACCUAAUUUUUUUAAUGAAAUUGGUUUAACAAAUGUAACAGUACAACCUGAAUUUUAUCACAAUAAUAGUGGAGAUGAUAGCUGCUUGAUGCAAUGUCCAAAAGAAGAGUGUUUAAAAUUACAGUGUUGUCCAAUUGAAGAAGAAGCAUUAAAAGCAAUAGCUUGUGUAGCAAAUGAAGUUGAUGAAGCAUCUUCAAAUGCCAAUUAUGAAAGUAAGACUGUAGCUCAAACACCAAACUCUUCCAAAGAUAUUCAAUCUGUAAAUAAUGAUGUUGAUAAAAAAACAGCUGGCUGUAAAAAUAAUUGUCAAAAUAACAGCAGCAAUAAUUCUGAAGAUGAAUUAACUGUUGGAGAUGAGACACCAUGUAGUACAAUGGCAUUUUAAAUGAAUAAUUUUAAUUUAGCUUUUAUUUUUCACAUUCAUAUAUUUAAUAUGAAAAAUAUUUUCUAUUGUUUAAGAGUGAAAUUAAUUUACUACAGUCAUUUAAAAUAGAUCAAAAAAAAAUAUAUUUAAUAAUCAAUCAACGUCGAAAAUAUUGUGUUAUCAAUAACAAGACUGGACGUUAGUAUUAAAUAACGAAAAAAAAAAUUAAUUAAUUAAUUAUGAAAGUGUAAUAAUAAUUGUUUGUUAGCAUGAUACUAUUGGCAACGCUCAAAUUUAUAAUUUUUUUA